AAUAAUUCAUGAGCAGGAGAAAAACACUCAUGACUCAUUUUCUGAACAUAUUUAAACAAACACGUAAACGUGCUAAGUGAGCAACAGUUUGAUUUCAGUCUACCCCAAUUAUCUGUAAAGCAUGUUGUUCUGAUAGCAGUAAUAUGUAGCGAUACUUGUUUAUCUCGACGCAGCAGGUUUUAGCCUAGCGGUGAGCGGCGUUACAGUCUGAAUGUGUUUGUGCUGUAUCAGCUUACAAUUGUUCCCCCAAAAGUCGCGUCGUUUUAAAGUUGUUUAAGCUUAAUUUUAAUAACCGCUGCCCGAAAUAUGGCAUCAUUAACAACGACGGAUCCGGUUUUUAAUCCUGGGGCCAUGGGGUUACCAGAGUCAGUUGUUCCCGCUAGCAUGUUCGCUCCAGGUCGGGGAUGCGGCGAUGACGACGAGUCGGAGUGCUUCGAUGACGGGGACAUGUUCAACGGCGAGACCGUGGAUCUCGGCAUCGACUUCUCCAGCAAGCUAGCCCUAGUCAGUCCCAAUGGUGAACAGUAUGACUUAUUACUACGGCAGCUGCGUGAGAGGAUGGACGAGGGCUGCGGGGAGACAAUCUAUGUUUUGGGGGUGGGUUCAGAUGGAGGAGACUAUGGGUUGAAUGAGAGCGAUAUGCAAGCGUCCGUGGCCACAGUGAGGUCCAUGUGUGAGCAGAUCGAGGCAGACCUCAUCCUGUUGAGAGAGCGCACUGAGGCUGGCGGCCAGGUCAGAGAUUACCUGAUUCGCCGGCGAGUGGGAGAAGCAGAUUUUUUGGAGGUUAGGGUGGCUGUAGUGGGGAAUGUGGAUGCCGGUAAGAGCACUCUUCUGGGUGUGCUGACUCAUGGAGAGUUGGAUAAUGGCCGUGGCUUUGCGAGACAGAAGCUCUUCAGGCACAAGCACGAAAUGGAGAGUGGCCGCACCAGCAGCGUGGGAAAUGACAUCCUAGGAUUUGAUCAGGAAGGCCAGGUAGUCAACAAACCCGACAGUCACGGAGGCAGCCUGGAUUGGACCAAGAUCUGCGAGAAGUCUUCUAAAGUCAUUACCUUUAUUGACCUCGCUGGUCACGAGAAGUACCUGAAGACGACUGUGUUUGGAAUGACUGGUCAUCUGCCAGAUUUCUGCAUGCUGAUGAUUGGAAGUAAUGCAGGAAUUGUUGGCAUGACCAAAGAGCACCUGGGUUUGGCAUUAGCCCUCAAUGUUCCUGUUUUUGUGGUGGUUACUAAGAUUGACAUGUGUCCUGCUAAUAUACUUCAAGAAACCCUGAAGCUUCUCCAAAAGAUAUUGAAGUCUCCAGGCUGCAGAAAGAUCCCUGUCCUAGUUCAGAACAAAGAUGAUGUCAUCGUCACAGCGUCCAACUUCAGCUCUGAGAGAAUAUGUCCAAUCUUCCAGAUCUCUAACGUCACAGGAGAGAACAUGGACCUACUAAAGAUGUUCCUGAACCUGCUGUCCUCCAGAAGCUCAUUCAAAGAUCACGAGCCUGCUGAAUUCCAGAUAGACGACACAUAUUCAGUACCAGGUGUAGGAACGGUAGUUUCUGGAACUACGCUACGAGGGCUGAUUCGACUCAACGACACUUUGCUUCUUGGGCCAGACCCAUUGGGUGCUUUUCUCUCCAUCACUGUCAAGUCCAUUCACCGCAAGAGGAUGCCUGUGAAAGAGGUCCGCGGUGGACAGACCGCGUCUUUUGCCCUGAAAAAGAUCAAGCGCUCUUCAAUAAGGAAAGGAAUGGUCAUGGUGUCGCCAAGAUUAAACCCACAGGCAUACUGGGAGUUUGAGGCGGAGAUACUAGUUUUGCAUCACCCAACAACCAUCUCGCCUAGAUAUCAAGCAAUGGUGCACUGUGGUAGCAUAAGGCAGACAGCCACUAUCCUGUCUAUGACCAGAGACUGCUUACGCACAGGAGACAAGGCUACCGUACACUUCCGCUUCAUUAAAACCCCAGAGUACCUGCACACAGACCAGAGGCUCGUCUUUAGAGAGGGAAGAACCAAAGCUGUGGGCACCAUCACUAAGUUACUCCUGUCAACAAAUAAUCAGCCAUCAAACUCCAAACCUCCUCAAAUUAAGAUGCAGUCAACAAAGAAAACCCCGACUAGAAGAGAGGACGGAGGAGCCCCGUCCAGCGAGGAGGCCGUGAGCACAGCACCGCCAGCCGCUCAGAACACACCACAACAGACAGAAAUGGAGGAGGACCCUCAAAACAAAGAGAACAAGCCAAAGUCUGGAGGCAGAAGACGAGGAGGUCAGCGGCACAAAGGCAAACCUCAAAGCAACUCCACAGUGACCCUCGCCGGUGCCGUCGGUGGAUGUUAAACUCAAAGAGUCCAGUUCACCAUCCAUCCAUCUUUUACUCACGCCUUUUAGCAACCCACACAGACCACAGCACUCCAGUGACCAGGCUCAACCGUUCACAGAACCAACACACGCACGCCAUUUUUAUCAAUUUUAACUUAUUUGAAGACGUGCGUGUGUCCAUAGACUGUAUAUACCGUAGAUAUUGAGACUAUAGGACAGAUUUACUGCAUGGUGGCUCUGUUUUGGCUGUAAAUGUCGACUUGAAGGAUAAACUUUACAUCCGUUUCUUCUUGCUGAACACGACAUCAUGUACUUGCUCAACUGUUAUUUUUGAAGGUAAUUUCAUUGGAAUGACGUAAAACUCAUUAUGUAGCUGUUUUAAAGGGAUUAUUAACAAGCCUCGUCACUCAACUGCUUUUCAUUCAAGCUAGCCUUCUUGUUGUGGACCAUGAUGAUUAGAACUGGACCGAUUCAGAUGCUUGUGCUAGGUUUUUAUGAGUUAAUGGGACACUGAUUGUGAAGUUUGUUGGCAGCUAGUUUUGUGUGAAAUGAGAAUUGGCAUUUAAAAAUAUUUGAUCUAAUUAAACUCAUUGCUAAUUACAGUGUAUUUAGAAUUCCUCAAAUCUUUGUUUAAGCUGAGAAAUUCACUCGAGUAUGUGCUACACUUGGCUCAGGUUCUGCCAGUAUAUUCAACUGUUUUAAUAAGAUAUUUCAAAUUUAACCAUUUGAGCUCAAUUUUCUUUCCCCUAAUUGUUCCUCAUGGGAAAACUUUCCAAAAUAGUACCAGCUGUUCUUGAAUAAGGAAGAAAAAAAAAAAAGAGCUGAACGGCCUCCAGAAAUGUGCUGUAAAUCGUUUCAGAUGGUUUUACUGCUUUACCAAGUACUUUAGUAUUUGCUCCUUUCAGGAAAAUUGAUAAGCUGGACCAUUCUCUGCGUUUACAUGUCGUGAAACUCAUUUUCCACAAACAAUAUACAAAUAAACUGAUGUUGAGAAUUUCA